AUGGCCACGAGGCGGAGGGGCUCCGAAGGCUCCGUCUGGGGUCGCUCCUCGCCGGGCGCUCGGCCGACGGCGGCUGCGUCCCGAGCCCUUGCGUCAAAGAAAGCAAAGGCUUCCGGGCGCCGGGUUUUCCCACCCGCCGUCUCCAGAAGCCCCGCUCCGAAGAACGUGGAAUUCCGGGAUCCGGGUUCUACCGCCACUCCGAGGCUGAAGGCUUCCGUCUUCCCAGGCCGGCCCUGCCCCGCCCCCAUACCAGGCCCCGCCCCCAUACCAGGCCCCGCCCCCGCCCACUCCCGCCGGGUGGGGUCCCGGAGCGCGCGGGCGGGUGGCCCUGAGAUUCAGGCUGCGUUCGCGAGUGACUUCCCAACUCUGCCGCACGGGGCGGCCACGGCUUCUCCCCACCCCUCCGCACCGGUAAGGGUGGGUUGCCAAGCCCCGGCACGCCGGGCAGGUCCGCUGCGUUUACCGCGGAGGAACGAGUGCUCUCAGAGAAGACUGAUCCUGCGCGUGGUGUGGUGGUCUGACGACACUGUGGUAGAAAAUCUAGCCACUCAGGAAAGUGUGAAGAAGCAAAUAAAAACCACUCGGGCAGACAGGCACUAUAGGUCCCAUUUUACACACGGAAACACAAGCUCAGAGAGAUUAAGUUCCUGGCUCUCGGUGGCCCAGCCGGCUGCGUCGGUCCCAGAGUAGUCCCGAUUUAGUGUUACGGUCCCUGCGACAGGUGCGAUACUGACCCAGUUCUAGGUCCUGAACACGUGGCCUUUAGCCAGCCACCUGGGUACUGUGUGGCUGGGCCCGCGGGGGCGCCCACGAACCUGGGAUCAGAUCUUGUCACUGUGACCCCAUCCGCGUUACCUGGAGCACGUGGUUGGACUCUGAGACCUCACUCACCAGUGGAGGUUCAAGUGAGAUAGAUGGAACCUGGGUUUGCUGAGCGCGAGGUCCCAAUUACCAGGUGAUAAAAAGGGAAGGGAUCUAACAUAUGUUAAACACCCACUACCGUCUUCUAGACAGGCACUUUACACACAAUAUCUCAUUUAAACCUUGCACCACUCUGCUGGCUGCUGUUACCGUGCUCUUUUUGGCCUGAGGGAAACUGAGUUUGUAAUUGGUUAAUCCGUGCGGGACUGGAUCCCCCGCUCUUUGACCUCUUUAUGGAAAAGGGGACAGGGCAAGCCUCAAGGAGCAGCUUGGUCGGGCAUUACCCCCCGAGCUAGCCUUCGAUCUCUCUGGGGAAUGGCCUUGAGGACGUCCGGGGCUAUUACAAAUAUUGCCUCCAAGAUGGGGCUUCUUGUAAAACCCGGCGAGGGAGCUGGAGGGCCAGGAGGCGAGCAGGGGGAGGGGGGAGGCUGAUGUGGCAAUCCUGCGGGCAGGGCGAAAGGGGGAAGGAAGGUCAGGAAAUGAUUAACCGGGCCGGGCCGGGUAGUGGUUAGAGCAGGGCACCUCCCCGCCGCGCGGUCCUGGAGGAGCCCAGGGACGCCCUCCGGGUCACUUCUCACUGCCCCCUUCCCCCCACCCCCCCCCCCCACACACACCCUCCGCCGCGACUCGUUUUCUUCCGCACGCUCCUCUGCUGCUUGAAGUUCAGUCACCUGGGGCAUCUCUGCCCACCCUUUCCCCCGGUAAUAUUUUGGAAUUAAAGCUCUUCUGUCGCUUUCCAAGUUUUAUUUGAUUGCUUUUAGAGCAAGCCCGGGUAUGGAGAUUUUAGGACAGUGAGGAGUUGUGGAAAGUGCAGCUGCUCAAAUCUUAGUUCUGUUGCCUGCUUGAUGGCCAACUUUGGCAAGUGUCUCUAGUCCUCCCAAGCUUUUUCUCUCUCUCUCUUUUUAAUCUGUAAAACUGGAAAAAUAAUACUUAUCUCACAAGGAAGAUGUGAGAAUUCAUGAGAAUUGCCACUACUUAGUAGAUAGCCAAUAACUUAUAAAGUUUUUUUUAAUAGCCGGUGAGGGCAUAAUACCCUAGGAAGGGAGUGGAUAAACAAUAAAUCGGACCUUUGCUCAAUCUGACCUUCCAGCCCUCUCCGCUUUUCCUUCCAAGGCCUGGGUAGACCAACCUCCAGUUCUCUCUAGACAACUACCCCCCAUUUAGUAUCCAUACCCUCUCAUUUAGCCAUUGAGCAUGCGGUGUGACCCAUGUCGUCUUCCAUAAACAGCAUGUAAUGCUUCUUUUUCCACUCUCCGAAAGACUCAGUUUCCUUAUCCUCUAGACCUCAGCUUAAACAUCACUUCCUCAGGGAGGCCUUUCCUGACCCCACUCCACCCCCAGGUUACCUCCAGAUAUGUGAUGCCCUUGUUUGCCCUCACACUCUGCCUUUUAAAAACACUCUUCAUGCAUGUAAUUAUUUGUUUAAUGUCUCUCUCCCCCCUUGGAGGUCCAUACGGGUAGCAAACAAGUCUGUAUGGUUUCCUGCUGUAUUCCUGACAUAAGGUGUGGAACAUGUAGGAUGUCCAAUAAAUAAGUGUUCAGUAAUGAAUGGUCGAUUAGCAAUGUCUACCUUGGGCAGGAGCAUAGGAAGUGGCUGAGUAUAUGUCAGGUAUUUGCUUCUCCCCCUCAACCCCCAGGUAAUCUCUAAAUUUCCUUUUGGCUCUGAGUGUAUCAUUUUAACGGCAUUAGGAAUG